AGUCAGAGGUGACAGAUGUGACAGGGGGCUGGUCAUACAUGUGAAAUCAAAUAUAACCUUAAUAUUUUUGCUCAAAACCUAAAAAGUAGCAAUUUCAAAACAAAUGAAAUGUGAAAUAAUUAACAAUAGGACAAUAUAAAAAGAGUUAUCAAAAGGGUAGAAAUGUCAGUGAUGUCGUUGACAAAAUUUAUUCUGUCAUUUUUGUAGGGGUUAAAUCUUAUUAUUUACUAGUUUUAUUCUCUUUUUAUUCCCAAUAAAUAUGUAUAAUCCCAAUAGAUUUUCAAAAUUACUAGCUCGCUAUGCUUUUCAUAUACGAUAUUUGAGCCGUACGGCAAGUGGGCCAGUGAGGGUACGUUUUGCACCUAGUCCAACAGGUGAAAUGCAUAUUGGGGGUCUCAGAACCGCAUUGUACAACUAUUUCUAUGCGCGUCAGAAUUCCGGUCGCUUUAUUUUGAGAUUAGAAGACACUGAUCAAAGUCGUUUGGUUCCUGGUGCUGCAGCUCAGAUUCAAGAUGACUUGGCAUGGCUGGGUUUAAGAAUUGACGAGGGGCCACAGAUUGGAGGCCCACAUGCACCUUAUACACAGAGUGAACGUCUUCAUAUAUAUGCUAAGUAUAUUCAUCAAUUACUGAAGAGUGGUCACGCCUAUUAUUGUUUCUGCACGGAAAAACGCCUAGACCUUUUGCGGAAGGAAGCCAUUAGAAACCGACAAAUUGCCAAAUAUGACAAUCGAUGCCGUACUUUAAAGCAUGAUGAAGCGAACAUGCGGAUAAACAAGGGUGAUCCAUGUUGUAUUAGAUUUAAAUUGAAUGGCGAUGACGAUUGUGCAUCUUUUGAUGAUUUAAUCUAUGGUAAGAUCAAGUACGAUAUACGACUAAAUGAAGGCGAUCCGAUCAUUGUGAAAUCAGAUGGUUUUCCAACUUAUCAUAUCGCAAAUGUGAUCGAUGAUCAUUUGAUGGAAAUCUCGCAUGUGUUGCGCGGUGUGGAGUGGCAAAUUUCAACCACCAAGCAUCUGAUGAUAUACAAAGCUUUUGGUUGGAAACCGCCGAUUUUCGGACACUUGCCUCUGCUUGUUGAUGCAAACGGCAAUAAACUGAGCAAACGCAAUAAAGACACACGGCUAGGUCAGUACAGACAAGAUGGAAUAUUUCCAAACGCGUUGAUUAACUUUGUCACAACUUCUGGAGGUGGCUUCAUUGACGACAUCGAUAGAGGAAUUAAGCCAAAAAGUUAUAAUAUGUCACAACUGAUUCUUAGGUUUAAUAUUGGCGCAAUUAAGUCAUCCCCUGGAAAGUUUGAUUUGGAUCGCCUGUUGGAGUACAAUAGGCUUGAAUUGGAAAACCUAGUCAAAGACGAAAAUAGUCGUCUUAAUCUCGUCAAAUCUUUACAAGUUAUGGUGAAGCAACAUUUUAUGGGAAAAACCGAUAACUUACUGCAACUCCACAACGAGCACGUAGAUAUGAUUGUACGGUGGUCAUUGAAUCGCAUUACAAAAUUAUCUGACUUACUGCAAGAGGAAUAUCAGUAUUUAUGGUGCAUCCCGGACGUGAAUAUUGAAAACUUCGACGAAUCGGAUAUCGAGAUCGUGCGUUUGUUUUGCCACGCACUGGAAAACAAACAGAUCUACCUUAACAAGCAAGCAAUUAACAGAUACCUGCAGAAAUUGGCGGGAGAUUACAACUACAAAUUCCCAGCAUUGAUGAAGCUAAUACGCCAAGUGCUAAGCGGAUUACAGACCGGGCCUAGUGUGGCUGACAUGUUGAUCAUUCUGGGCAAGGAUAAUUCGCUACUGCGACUGCGCAUGUUCGUAGAAAAAUCUGAGGCAAAAAUGAAGCGUAGUACGUGGGGCAGCGGAAAUAUGAAGUAAGUCAUCGCCAUAGUAAUACAGCGCCUUAAAUUUUUGUGAUCAAUUAGGGUUUGUUACAAAAUUUGUUUCAUCCUCUUCAUCCCUUAGAAAAUAAAAUGUUAGUUGGAAA